ACACAAAAAUCAGGACAGGUGGCAGGCAAUAAUACAGAAGAAGCACAUCUUCCAGUGAGCUCAUUAGAAUCUUGGGUUUCAUAAGUAUAAGAAAUGUACAAAAGUACCGGUGUUACUAAGGUGAUUUAGGUACUUUCAAUUCGUGAAAUCAAUUUGUUAUAAGUGAAAUUCAUUGCUGCCAAAUCUAAUCGAUUUAGUGCUUUACGAGAAAUAGCCGAAUGCAAAAUGCGAGCACUCACAGCAUUGGUAACAGUAUUUAUGUAUAUUACAAACAGUAUUCAUAGCUGGAACUUACCCGUGCGCGAUACACAGGAAUCAGAGCUCCAGGUACAACCUGAACUAUUAAAAAAUUAUAUUCCCGCAUCGUUGCACGUACUGCACCACUGUAUAGAAUCAAUUCAGUAUGAACCUGCAAUUAUACUUCCAACAACAGUCAAACCAUCCAUGACAACGGAUUCAGUUUCACAAAGACCAACAACGCAUCAUAAACCAGGUUAUUUCAGACCAGAUAAGCCUGCAAUGUCAUUGACGUCUCCAUCCAGUACUGGAAUAAUAUCUGGCCAAAUGGAUCAAUUGCUAAAACCAAGCACCGAAACCUCACUGUGGAAUGAAAAUCAGUUCAUCGAUUGGUUUCUUCGCAAAAAAAGUCGAUUGAGUAGAAUUAAAAACGGACACCGUCUUCAGCUAUUGAAUCCAUUGCCCCUCAGCCUUCUUCAAGAUAUUGGUGCUGAAUAUUAUGAACCGCCAGCUUUAUUGGACAAAGACAAUGUAAAUGAGUUCCGAAAAAAAUAUGAUGAUAAUUUCCUGAAGAAUAAAGACAAUGCUCAUAUGGCAGUUCUUGUCAACCACUAUAAACUUUCUGCUAUAGAUGGUCAAAUCGGAUCGGGUACAACCGUAAACAAAGGCAAAAAACGAAUACCACCUACAAAACCUUACAUUCAGAUGCUGAUGCUCUAUGACUUGCUUAGAAGAGAAGCUAAGAAAUUGAUGUUUGAGUUAUAUGAGCUUACCACCAUCACACCGAAAACUGUACAAAAGCUACGCCCAGACGCCCAGACGGUUAACAAGCUGAGCGCCCAAUGCAUAAGGAAACAUUUUCUCCGACGAUGUAAAAAGUUUGGCUUACACCCCACACACAUACAAAACACCUUCCGCUGUAUAAACGGAUUAUUGGAGGAUGCCAGUCCAUACAGAGGGAAGCUGGAGAAGGCGAUGGACCGUUUCAAACGCACGAUCCUGAACGUCGAAAUCAGCGAUAGUUUCCACAAAAUCAAAACGCUAGAGAAAACGAAAGCUACCCUCACGAGCAAAAUCACGCAAAUUAUCGCGGACUUGGAAUCAAUUCUACAGUCCGAACGAGAUGAGAGUUUGCAAAUGGUUUGUCGCAAUCAGUACAUCAACAUAAUUCAAAAUCAUAUGAACAGGCUAACGAACGGUGGUCAUACAUCACCACCAGACACUAUCAAUCGUUUUAUGAUCGAAGCAUUUCAUGUCAGCAAAAAGUUCAUCCGAGAAAAUCCAGACUUAUGUAUUGUAACCGCGGAUAAGGGUAAUAAAACAGUUAUAAUGAAGAGAGAAGAUUCGACCAAAAAAUGA